AUGUUAUGCGGUACAGACGACCGCAGUUCAACCUAUACCAAUUUCCGGAGUGAGUCGGCUCUGAACAGCCCAACGGAGCCUGACGUAUCGCUUGCGGCAUCCCUCACCGACCCUCUGGAGGCGCAUACGUUGGAAGAGGCGCGCAGGAGUAUCAGAGAUCUACGCAUGAAGUAUCGCGCUCAGGCUCACCAGCUCCUGACAUGGCGCCGUGCGCACCGAACUCAAGAGGAACUAGUCACACGCCUGCAGAAAGAAAAGGCGGAACAACUCAAAUCUCUCUCCAGCCAACUUCUUCUCUUUGAAUCUCGUCUCGUUCGAAAGCAGAAGGAAAUCUCCAGCAUGCUCGCGUUACGCGAGACAAUCAUCAUGAAGCAACAGAAAGUUAUCGAAUCUCUACAAGCAAAGCUUCUGGACAAUGGUAUCGAAUCUCAGAACAUUCCAGACUUCAGAGACAUGCUACAAGAUACUCACCUUACAGGAGACUUCGACUCUCUCAAUGACUCUGAUUCCGCUGUGAUCAUGGAAGACGUUGAUUUCGAUAGCAGUAACACUCCUCAUGUGCCAAGGUUCAGGUCGGCAAACCCCGACAGCGUGACCAUUGUCCGGUCAAUAUCGGAUGCCAUAGAUCCCAACCUUAAAUACAAUGUAGUUCGACGAUCGAAUGGCUUUCUCCGACGACCAGAGAUCCUCGAAACAGUAUACAGCGUCGAAGAAGAAGCUGAUGGAGAUUCUACUAAAGGCCUAAGUGCUCAAAACAGCACAGAGAAGGAACUGAACGAUGCCAACAAAACUGACGAAGAGAAAUACAAAGAGACGAGUCUCCUCGCUCAGCGGCGGGAUAACUUUCGUAUGAGGAGCGUAGUCCUUACAGCUGAGGUAAAGAGCAUAGAUAACGAUAAGGAGCUAAAACCGAAGAAUGGUAAGGAGGUUUGGUCGUACAGCUAUGUGCCAAAGCGGAUGACACCGGCUAACGAGUCUGAUGAUGAGGGCACCUCGAACGCUGAGAGCGAUGAGGAACCCGAGCCGAAGUCAAACCAUGUGGUGACGUACAACCGAGUGAUGUCUAACCACAGGAACGUGACCAAGCCGAAGGAUGUAAAAUACAAGAGGAUAAAUAAGGCUAAGUCCAAGAGUUUGGAGGAACUGCGAGGGAGGCUAAAGAACUGGGUGGACAAGGGAAACAAGCUGACGAACUUACCUCUCGAGCAUGCGCAAAGUUACGCCUAAGCUGAAAGUUCCUUUAAUUAAGAGCCGAGUCCUUCGUGAACCGCUUCACAAGCAAACAACGUUGUAUUUCUACAUCACAGAUAAAGUAGAUCACAAACUAAUCGUAGUAUUCAAGUACCUAUUAAAAUAAGGGUUGUAAUGUAACCAGCUUUAUGUCGGAGGCAAAUCUAUAAAAAAUAUUCUUGAUACUCGACCUAUUGUAAAUAGAUAUUUCUUGUACGUUUAAUAGAUAUUGUGCAACAUUCAUUAGGGUUUGUUUUCAAGUUCUCUAUUGUUUAAGAACUGAUUUUAUUUAGGAAAUUUUCUAGAAUCUUUUCUUUAUAAAGAUGGACGUAUUUACUCGUUGUAGUGAAACUUAUACUCAAAAAGAAACGAUUGUUGUGUAUAUUGUUGUUCUUUGAUAUUCUCAAUGUGUACCUACAGGUUUCUAAUGAAUCUUGUU